AAAGCGGUUUCUACAGCUCCACCUUCCCUUGUCUUGCCUCCGCCACGAGAGAGAGAGAGAGGCGAGAUGGCGCUGCGAGCCCACCCGCUGCUCUCUUCCUCCUCCUUGCCGCCUCCGACCCUUCCAAUCCUCUGCCUCCGCUGUCCUGGAUCUUCCCUCUCCUCCAAACGCUUCCUCCGUUCCCACUCCCGCUCCGCAAUCCGGCCGUGGCGAAACCCCUGCGCCGCCCGUCCCGGCGGACCUCGUUUCUUGGGGCAAGAUGACGCCGACUCCGACGCCGACGAGGAGGACGAGGAGGAGUGGAGAUGGGCACCAUCUGCCGGCCCCUCCGGAGCUCACCUCGUCGGCGCGGUGGACGAAGACGAUAGUGUUGGCGAGGGCGGGGGCGGCGUCGGGUGGGGCGCACCCGAUGGCGACGCUGCCGGGGGAUCGGGGAUUCGAGAAUCCGGUGUGGACGACGGCGGGCAGGUGGGCGAGUGGGACCUCCCUAUGAGCUCCUUUCGGGGGCGGGUUCAGGUACAGCAUCACCAAGAAGAGGAGGAGGAGGAGGAGGAGGAGGAGGAAGACGAAGAUGGAGGUGGCUGCGAAUGGUCGGACCCGGGUUUCUUCUUGCGAGGCCAAGAGGAGGAGGCCAGCAGCAGCGUGAGCACCACCACGGCCAUGGAAGAGAUUCUCACCUUGGCGAGGAGCCCCGCGGUCGACGGGCAGGCGUUUGCCGAGUUCUUGGCGGGGUACGGCCGCGGAGCACUCAGUGUGGAGGAAUGCGUUGAGCUGAUGAGGAGGAUGGGGGAGGAGGGGCUGGCAUUGGGGUGUCUCCACCUUCUCCGAUGGAUGCAGGCUCCGGAGGAGGAGCCAUUGUUGUUGCCCCCGCAGGCAUGGCUGCUCGCUGUUGUGGCGCUUGGACGGGCUCAGAUGGCCGAUGAGGUGCUGGAGAUUGUGGAGAGUUUGCCUCCCGAGAGGAGAUUCAGUGAGGCUGUCCUUUACAAUGCUGCAAUGUCAGGCCUAGCCUAUCGCGGAAGAUAUGAUGAUACCUGGAAAGUAUUUAAGCUCAUGGAAAAGAAAAAUAUCCAGCCUGACCACAUGACAUCCUUAAUCAUGUUAGAUGUAAUGAACAAGAGCAAGACAUCUGCCAAGGAUGCAUGGGAAUUCUUCCAACGGAUGGAAAGAAAAGGUGUCAAGUGGAGCUUGGACAUUUGUAUUUCUCUUAUCAAGAUCUUUUGUGACAACGGUCUGAAAACUGAAGCUCUUAUCAUACAGUCAGCAAUGGAGAAGAAAGGAAUUGCAUCAAACACGAGCAUGUAUAACACAUUAAUAAAUGCUUACUGCAAAGCCAAUCAAAUUGAAGAGGCAGAGGGAGUUUUCGUUGAGAUGAAAGAGAAAGGCUUGAGUGCGACAGCAAUGACCUAUAAUAUCCUUAUGGGUGCUUACUGUAGAAGAUUGCAGCCAGAAGUUGUUGAGUCUUUACUGCUGGAGAUGCAAGAUUUAGGACUACGACCAAAUGCGAGAUCAUACAACUUUCUCAUACGUGUUUAUGGGCAACAGAAGAAAAUGAGUGAAAAGGCUGAAGAUGCUUUCUUAAGGAUGAAGACAGAUGGCAUUAUGCCAACGUCUUCUACAUACACUUCACUGCUUUGUGCAUAUGCAGUUAAUGGAUUGCAUGAAAAGGCUUAUUUGACUUAUGUGGAUAUGAAAAGAGAAGGACUUAAGCCUUCCUUAGAAACAUAUACAGCAUUGAUUGACAUGUUUAGGAGGGCUGGUGACACGGAGAAGCUAAUGGAGACAUGGAGAUCAAUGAUCAAUGAAAAGGUUCCUGGAACUAGGGUAAUAUUCCACAUGGUGCUUGAUGGUCUGGCAAAACAUGGGCUGUAUGUUCAGGCAACGGAUGUUAUAUAUGAGUUUAGAAGGGCUGGUUUGCAGCCUACCGUAAUGACAUACAACAUUUUGAUGAAUGCUUUUGCAAGGGGAGGACAACAUUAUAAAUUACCCCAACUCUUGAAAGAGAUGGCUGCUAUGGAAUUAAAACCAGAUUCUGUAACAUACUCUACAAUGAUUUAUGCGUAUGCCCGUGUUCGUGACUUUUCGAGAGCAUUCUAUUACCACAAGCUGAUGGUUCGAAGUGGACAAUUGCCUGAUGUUAGUUCAUAUAAAAAGUUAUUGAAUACAUUGGAUGUGAAAGCUGCAAGAAAGAACAUAAAGGAUAAGAAUGCCAUAGUGGGAAUCUUAAAAGGAAAGUCCAGCCUAAAACAUAGGAAGGAGAAGAAGGAUGAGUUUUGGAAGAACAGAAAAAAACGUUCUAUGAUGAACCAUGUCUAUGGGUACCCAAGGAAAAGAUUUUUGUGAUGCUUUUCUUAUGUGUACAUUAGACCAUACCUUGUAUUCUGGAUGUUCAUCCCUUAUCCAUUACAGCAGCAUAUAAAAUGAACUUUCAGGAAGUUCAUGGUGUUCAUAUUUUAAUUCUCUUAAAGCAUUCAAGUCAAAAAUACGGUUAAAGUAUCA